UCUGAUAGGAACACAAGUGGAAGGCAACCAAGCAGCAGGCCGCCUUCUUCAUUCAUCUAUUUCCACACAGCUACCCAGUGAUUAGCGAUACCUUCUUCCAAGCUUAAGAAGUGUGAAGUUCCCAGGACCCCAGGAUGCCGCUGUCCCGGUCCGUGUCCAUGACCUCCCUGAGUGGCCUGCCCCCGUGGGAAGACGAGGGACUCCCCGUGGAAGACCUGCUGCUCUUCGAGGUGGCCUGGGAGGUCACCAACAAAGUUGGAGGCAUCUACACGGUGAUCCAGACGAAGUCCAAGAUCACGGUAGACGAAUGGGGGGAGAACUACUUCUUGAUGGGCCCCUACUACGAGCACAACUGUAAGACCCAGGUGGAGGUCUGCGAGGCGCCGAACCCGGCUAUAAAGAAGACCAUGGACUGCUUGAGCAGCAGCGGGUGUCAGGUGCGCUUUGGCCGCUGGCUCAUAGAGGGCUGUCCCUAUGUGAUACUGUUUGACAUUGGUGCUGCUGCCUGGAACCUGGAUCGAUGGAAAGGAGAAUUCUGGGACACCUGUGGGAUCGGACUACCCUUCCAUGACCGGGAAGCUAAUGAUGCUCUAAUUUUUGGAUCGAUGGUUGCAUGGUUCUUCAAAGAGCUAACAGAUCAGCUGCAGGACAUGCCCAACGUCAUCGCCCACUUCCACGAGUGGCAGGCAGGGGCCGGACUUAUACUCUGUCGAUCACGGAAGGUCCCCAUGGCAACCAUCUUCACAACGCAUGCCACCCUACUUGGCCGAUACCUGUGCGCUGGUAACGUGGAUUUCUACAACAAUCUGGACAAGUUCAACAUUGAUAAAGAAGCUGGGGAUAGGCAGAUCUACCAUCGCUACUGUUUGGAGAGAGCAGCAGUUCACUGCUCCCAUGUCUUCUCCACCGUCUCCCAGAUCACUGCUGUAGAGGCUGACCACAUUCUCCACAGGAAGCCAGAUGUGGUCACCCCCAAUGGCCUGAAUGUGAAGAAGUUCUCUGCCAUGCAUGAGUUUCAGAACCUGCACUCCACAAACAAAGCUAAGAUCCAAGAGUUUGUCAGGGGACACUUUUAUGGCCAUCUUGACUUUAAUCUGGAAAAAACUCUGUAUUUUUUCAUCGCUGGUCGCUAUGAGUUCUCCAACAAAGGAGCGGACAUUUUCCUGGAGUCUCUUUCCAGGCUGAAUUACCUGCUCAGAGUUCACAAAAGUGACAUGACUGUGGUUGUGUUCUUCAUCAUGCCUGCCAAGACCAACAAUUUCAACGUGGAAACUUUGAAGGGGCAAGCAGUCCGGAAGCAGCUCUGGGACACUGCACAUUCGGUGAAGGAGAAGUUUGGCAAGCGUUUAUACGAAUCCUUGCUGAAGGGGGAAAUCCCAGACAUGAACAAGAUACUGGACAGAGAUGAUUUCACCAUCAUGAAGCGAGCCAUAUACGCGACACAGAGACACAGCCUCCCCCCAGUUACCACCCACAAUAUGCUGGAAGACAGCACAGACCCCAUCCUGUCCAACGUCCGACGCAUUGGCCUCUUUAAUGCCCGCACCGACAGGGUCAAGAUAGUUUUCCACCCAGAGUUCCUCUCCUCCACCUCCCCCCUGCUCCCCAUGGACUAUGAGGAGUUUGUGCGGGGUUGCCACCUGGGUGUGUUCCCCUCCUACUAUGAGCCCUGGGGCUACACACCAGGUGAGUGCACAGUGAUGGGGAUUCCCAGUGUGACCACCAACCUCUCAGGGUUUGGCUGUUUCGUAGAGGAACAUGUCUCAGACCCAGCAGCAUAUGGGAUUUACAUUGUGGACCGCCGGUUCCGGGCUGCGGAUGAGUCCUGUAACCAGUUGACUCACUUCAUGUUUGCGUUCUGCCAGCAAACACGGCGGCAGCGCAUCAUCCAGCGAAAUCGUACAGAGAGAUUGUCAGACCUGUUGGACUGGAAGUAUCUUGGGAGGUUUUACAUGCAUGCUCGCCAUUUGGCUCUUAGCAGAGCAUUCCCUGACAAGUUUAAGAUGGACCAAGCUGCACCGCCACACCCUGAAGGCUUCCGCUACCCCCGGCCCUCCUCUGUGCCUCCCUCUCCUUCUGUCUCACUGCACUCCACCCCACACCACAGUGAUGAGGAAGAUGAAAAUGAGGAACCCUAUGAUGAGGAGGAAGAAGCCGAGCGUGACCGGCAGAACAUCAAGGCCCCCUUCUCUUUAGGGGUAAUGCCUGUAGGCAAGAAAAAGCAGCAAGGUGAAUAUGUCAGCUGAGAGACUGCUGCCAUACUGGGCAU